CCGGUUGAGGAGCGCGGAGCGACGUCGGCUUGUUGCGCGCUGCGAUUAUCCCUGUGUUUCCUUCGCUUUCCCAUCCGGCCUCUUGGAUUACUUGUACUGGAUUUCUGGUGGCUGUUUUGGAGCGCCCCCUUUUUCUUUUGGGGUGAAGAGAAUCGGGUCCCUUCCUCCUCCUCCUCCUCCUCCUCCUCCGCGUGCGCCCUUCUCUGGACUCGGAAGCCUCGCUUUCCGUGGGUGGCUGCGUUUACGCCACUGUGGAUUACAAUUGCAACAUGACCCUGGAAGAGCUGGUGGCUUGUGACAACGCCGAGCAGAAGAUGAAGCCCAUCAGCGAAGCUGUGGAGCAGCUGUUGGUAGCAGCCCAGCGCCAGGGCUGCCUGACCGUUGGCGUCUACGAAUCGGCGAAGCUCAUGAAUGUCGACCCGGACAGCGUGGUGCUGUGCCUGCUGGCCGUCGACGAGGAAGACGAGGGCGACAUCGCCUUGCAGAUCCAUUUCACGCUCAUCCAGGCUUUCUGCUGCGACAACGACAUCCACAUUUUGCGCGUCUCGGGCAUGGAGCGCCUGGCCGCCGUGCUUGGCGAGAGCCCCAACGAUGGCGGCGAACCACGGGACCUGCACUGCAUCCUGGUGACGAACCCGCACACGGAUUCCUGGAAAAGCCAGGGCCUGGCCGAGGUGGCCAGCUACUGCGAGGAAAGCCGCUGCAAGAACCAGUGGGUGCCCUACGUCUCCCUGCAGAUGCGCUGAGCCGCCGGCCCGCGUGUGAAGCGACCCGAGAAGAAAAGCAAAAGGGGGAGAGAUGUUCUUUUAAAACAAAAAAAUCCAAAAUAGUUGAGCCGGGCCCGUCCCGUCAGAACGAGAGCAGUGGAUGAGUCAUGGAGAUGGGAGCCGGAGCCGUGACGGUGGCAGCCGCGGCCUGCCUCGACGAGGGUGCCGGAGGCGGGGACUGGCCCUGUCAGCUGACUGCUCAGAAGGAAGAGGAAGGAGGAGGAGGAGGAGGAGGCGGAGGCGGCACAGGCCGGCUUCCUGGCUGGUUGUGGCCGGCCGCAUCUGGGCCUGGGGGGGUGGAUGGGUGCCUGGAGCCACCAGUGAAUGGGAUGUGCCGGAAAACGCCUUGGAUUUCUCCACGGACGGUGGAUGAUUGGAGGGGAGCCUUCGGGCAGCAGCGUGGCCUGCCCCUCUCAGAGGAAGAGUGAAGAAUUCUUGCAUCUGCUAGCUUAUGCAAAAAAUGAAUAAAUGCAAGGACUGCUUUACAAAAGACAGUUGCAAACAAACUUUUAUCUUUUUUUUAAACACCUGGAUGCAUUAAAGGACUUAUUUAUCUUUUUUUAAAAAACAAAACGAAUGUGCAACUUUUUCUCUUUUUUUGCACUCUAAAAUGCUGACAGAGAAUCAAAGAUAUAUAUUCUUAUAUCCGAUUUAAACAUUGCAAUAAAACGUAUUUUAUGUUCUGAAAGUAAA